GUAUGUAUAAAUAGGUAUUGAAUAAUUAUAAAAUAAUAACCGAUAGACACUUCUUGGAGCAAUGACCAGAUGUUACAGCAUAAAACUAUUACCUUUAUAUAUAAACAAUAAUAUUCAGAUUGAUAUGGGAUAUAUUUAUGCUCAAAAUACUAAAUGGAUACCAUCACUCUAGAACUUAGAUCUCAAUUGCGUUCUCUUAAUGCAUACAUUUCUUUAAUAAACAAUAUUGAUGUUUCAAGAAUUAAAGUUAAAUUACUAGAAAAUGCUAUAGAAAUUCAAAUUGAAGAUGAAACAUAUAAUCUGCCAUUAUGUGGUGUUAAAUUAUUACCAUCUUCGCUCUCGUCACUAGGAAUAACGAAUCGUUGGAUAUUUUUUCGUAUUCAAACACAGCCAAAUUCUAUUUAUGGCACUUUUGAAACUGAACUUAUCAACUCUGAGAAUAAAUCAACGAAUUUUUUAAAUAUUACAAACAAAGUUAAAUUACCUCCACAAAAUGUAAAUUGUAAAUUAAUUUGUAUCUGUUGUAAAAAUGAAGUUACAAAGACCAUUUGUUUUCAAAGAAUUCUGCCACUACCAAGUGUUGACUGUGAUCCACAAGAGUGGUUUUGCUGCAAGCAUAGUAACGACGAACCCUUUUCACUAAAUCCAGGAGAAUCGGAUUUAUUUUAUUCUAUUAACUAUUCUAUUUUCAAUAAAAACAUUUUUAAGGAAAAUUUGAAAUUACGAAAACUUUUGAUUCAUUGCAGUCGAUGUUUCACCAUUUUGGGUUCAUCAAAUUAUAAAAAUUUGAAAAGUAUUAAAAUCUGGAAUUGUUGCAUAGAAUACAAAAUUUCCAAUAAUAAUACUAUUCUUAAAGGAGUACCUCCGUUAACCGACUUUUUAUCAACUAUUAAGCAUACAGCUGAACUUAUUACUGGUGAGAAAAUACUCCUAGAAGCUCAAGAUGUUAAUAGUAUUCAUUACAUUUUAUUGAGACCUAUGGAAGCUAAAUUAAAUCUGUUUACCGAAGAAAAAUUAAAUUCCAAAAAUCAAAUUUUGAAUUUAAAUUCUUCAUUUGUUGUAAAAAUAUUAUAUAAAUAUGGUGAGAGUAAUAAAACAACAAAACACAAUGAUCCAGAUAUUAAAUAUUGUGAAUUAGCUCUACCUAGUAUUUUGGCUGGAAUGGACCAACUUGUGAAUUCAAGUAUAAGAUUUCCUCCAGUUUACAGAAAGGCAGAUGAUUUUUAUAUUGGUUACUUACCAAUGUAAUUCGUUGUGUAAAUAUAAUAUAAAGUACGGCUAUGCCAAGUACUCGCUUCAUAAAUAUUAUAACGAC